AUGCAAAACGAAGAGCUUGCUGCUCAGAGGCAAGAGAUAGAAGCUCUUCGUAACGAAAAGGGGAGCUUGGAGCAACACCAUCAAGGUCAACUACAGGACAUGGAAAAGAAUAUCGUGGGUGAUGUGCAGAAGAUACAGGAUGAGGUCAAGAGGCACUUCGGCCAACAGAAAGCUGAAAAUUCGAGAUUGCAACAGCAAAUUACUACACUGAAAGGAGAGAAGACUUCAUUACAGCAGCAGAUUUUGGGAUUGCAACGGAGGAUUCAAGAGAUCGAGGAGCAAAUCGGCACGGAUUGA